UCAUCUUUUUGAUAAAAUAUUAGUAAGCUUAAUAGUUGAAAUUGUUAAUUACAUGUUUUAUUUAUUACUGUUAACGCUAAUUUCAGUUUGAAUUCUGACUUUUGUUAAUUUUUAUUAUAAUAGAUUUAUUUUCUCCUCCUGUACGCGAAAGAUGAGUGUUAUCGAAAGUGUUGAUAAAGGAAAAGGGUCACGAAUGCAAUUGAACAAAUCGUUGAGCAAUACUGCUCAGUGGGUCAAAUUGAACGUAGGAGGCACUUACUUUAUGACUACAAAGACUACGUUGUGCCGAGAUCCCAAUUCAUUCUUGUGCAGACUGUGUUCAGAGGAAUCCGAUCUCAUUUCCGACAUGGAUGAAACUGGUGCAUACAUGAUUGAUCGUGAUCCAACAUAUUUUAGUCCCAUUUUAAAUUACCUUCGUCAUGGAAAAUUGGUUUUGAAUAAAAAUCUUGCAGAAGAAGGUGUAUUGGAGGAAGCCGAAUUCUAUAAUAUUACCGAAUUAAUAAAUAUACUAAAAGAAAGGAUAUUACAAAGAGACAAGAAACUUUGUUCUGAACAAGUGAAAAAACAUACUUACAGAGUGUUGCAAUGUCAUGAAGAUGAACUUACGUGGAUGAUUUCAACAAUGUCAGAUGAAUGGAAAUUUGAACAAUUGGUAAACAUAGGUUCCAAGUACAACUAUGGAAAUUAUGAUCAAGCAGAAUUCCUAUGUGUUGUAUCUAGAGAAGAGGGUGUUGCUGACUCUCCAAAAACUGAAUCCACUGAUAAAGCAAAGGAAUUACAACAACGAGCUUCACGUAUGUGAUAUAUGCAGUCAACUAAAUCUGUAAUCAUGGGAGCAUGUAAAUUCUUUAAGACAAUAUAUUCUGUAACCAAAGAUCUUUGCAGCAAAUCUGUUAUGAGAUUUACUGCUGCACGUCAAAAUGCUAGAUCCUAGCCUCAUAGCUUCUUUAUUAUUACGCAUUAAUUUUAAAAUAUGUGUAAUAUUGAGAAAAUCUAUAUAACCAUGCACAAACACAAAUACACGUACAUAAAAACAAAAGUACUUAAGUUCCAAACUUGAAUAUUCACAUAUUUUAUAAUUAUUUUUAUUACUACAUCUUCCAAACCUCAUAUUUUAUAUGUAAUUAAUAUGUAA